AUGCCAGAGAUGGAAUACAAUAACUUACUCUACCAGAUAAGUGAGAGACUAGACGAGCUGAAAGUAGGCAAGCAGUUACUGUUUUUGUGCAGAGAGAAAGUGACGGCUCGAAGCGAAGAGAACUUUCAAGCGAGCUCGUUGUUUGAGGAAUUAGAACAAAAAGGAUUUCUGAGUCCCGAUCAUCUAGUCUUACUGAAAGGCAUGUUGAAAGGAGUUAAUGAAUGGGCUCUUUUUGACGAAGUUGAAAAGUUUGAGACCAAGAGAAAGGAAUACAACAAUUUGCUUGAGCAAAUCGUCCGAGUGCUCGACGAGCUUAAUGAUCUGGAACGACUCGUCUCGAUUUGUGGAGAAAAGAUUACAGCAGAAAGACAAGGCAACGUUCAAGACGUCCGAUCACUGUUUAAGGAGCUAGAAACCAACGAUUGGCUGGGGAUUGACUGCCUCGACACUCUGAAGGAGAUUUUGACCCUGACGGAGAAAAGUGAUCUGCUCAAAGAAGUAGAAGAAUUCGAGCAACGACGAAGUCGUGAAAACAAGUUUAGAAAACGCAAAGGUAGUUCUACGUGUCUGCGGAUCACAUUUUUGGCCCUGCUUCCAAUCCCAGAACUGAUUUGAACUUUUGUCUGACUUAACUCUACCUUUUUUGUUUCAGCACAAGCAGCCGCUUUUGUGUCGUCAGUUAGCGACAAACUGUCUGGAGGUAAGUUUAGUUUCGUGCUUGUGCAUGUACUUCUACUGAGUUUAACACGUUCAUGUUCACGUUAAUUUCGAGUCACGAGAAAAUAUAAAAUUCACACUUUAGCCAAGAAUUGACUUUGAUUAUUUCUUCAAUUCCCCUAAUAUAAUUUAAUCCAAACAUACUUUCUGAAAGCUGCGCCAGUGACAGAGUUAAGGACGACGGGCCGCCGGAUUCUUGCGCUUCAAACUAUCUUUAAUAGAAGCAUCAAGGCAAAUAAAACAGCAUCAAUGGAACUCGGCCUCUGAUUUACAAGGCAGAAUGAAGCGGAGAGAGGUAUAUAAGGAAAUAGACUUAAGUUUGCAUAGUUACCAAUGAAGGAAAAAAAUAUAUAAUAAAUUGAAAUCCCCGGCCCAAUAACCUCGCAGCAGCGUGUUGACACUAAUGCUCGACAGGGAAAUACAUCUUACCACCUGCUUAGCUUGAAUUUGGUGGUUUACUACGGGAAAAUAAUUUAUUUUAAGGAGCUAAGCACUAUUCUGUCCAUAGUCGACCGUAGACAUCGUUAGUCUGGAGGAUGCGAAGUCUUGCAAGCAAUGAAGUGAAUUGUAUCUUAGAGCCGCAUAAUUAAUUAAAAUGUAAACGAGUCAACGAUUAUUCUUAGUUUGCAAUCACGUGACAAGACGGCCAUGUUGGUAGACAAAACAAUAAAAAUUUUGUUCCAGAAUUUGCAAAGGAGAAAUAUUUAACGUAGCAGAGGUUUUAAAGCCCAGGAUAGAAAACUUAUUAGCCUACACAAGUUUUCGAUUCUAUCACGGAUAUCUAGUGAUAAAGUGCGGCGCUUUGUCAUAUUAUGGUUUAUGCUGCGAAUCACAUGACAAAACGUCAAAGAAAUAGUUGAAUUGUUCCCAGCGUGACGUCGCUGCCAACCAGAGAUAGCUAAAACCGGUGUGUGCGUUAAAAAGCAUGGCUCGCAAGAAAUACUACGCAUUGCUUUUUUUUAAACAUUUUAUCAAUCACUUUUUAAGCUGCUCUUAAGUGUAAUCAUCUCUUGCAAUUGGCAACUGAAAAUAUUUUUUCUUAAUGGCACCGAGGGAUUUUUGCAGUCCCUCAGGAAAAGGACCCAUCAGCAAGAGAGAAACCAAAAUGGAGUCGUAACUAUUGAUCUUAUUUUUAGAACCAAUGACGAUCAUUUUAACAGACCAGAAUAAUAAUGUGCAACUUCUGCGGCGUAAUUAUUCCAGAUUGCACAAGAAAAAUUAAGAUCCUACUCCUUUAAAAUAUUCAUGAAAUAAUUUACUAUUGGGCGAUGACAAUUGCACUGCAUAUAAAAGGUAAUUCAGGGAGAAAGGAAAUAACAAAGAAUUUUAUUAGAACACCAUAAUUUGUUCCAGAAAACUGGAGCUCUCUUGGCCAGUGAGAAUCACAUCUUUUUCUGAAUAUUACCCGUAAUAUAUAGAUUUAGCCAGGACUAAAAGCGAGGCUCCCAUUAAUAAAUUUAUAAUUUAAAUCAAACAAUAAACUUGUAUUCCACAAUUCAGUUAACUUUAGAGCACAUUCAUGUACCUUUUCAGGGUAAGGCUAAGUGAUUUUAGACAAAAAUAAUUUGCAAACAACCCCAAAGUGAACCAAAUCUUACAUCGAGUUGAUGGCCUCAUAUGUACACCCAAAAACUGGCAAUCGUCUUCGAUCACAUUUUUUAAGAGCCAUAAUGGCUCUUGAUCACCGUAGGUUAAUUAGGCCUGGAAAAAAGUUCUGGCCGAAUUUUUUGCGUUCGACAAGUUUACUUUACAAAAUCUUGCCAACAAAUCUGGGUGCGUGUAAACCAACCUUAUUAUCAUUUAUACAUCACAUCUGAGGUGAAACAGUACUAUGAGGCACCGUUUUUAUCAUACAGAACUCGGACAAUAGAAUGCAGUAUUUGACAGUUUUGCAAUACAAAUUGCUAUCAUUCAAUAUUCAGGACGAUCGAAGCACGCGUGGGCUUUAGCUAAACCGUUAAAAAAAUUUCCAAAAUCACCUAUACGGCCAGCCGGUUCUGACUUUUGCAGUGCUAGGUGUGGCGAGUGUUUGAAUGAACAUUAACACAGUUAGGCUCCAAUAUAUAUAAUAAAGAAUUUAUUAUGUUUAUUUUUUACUUUAAAAUGGUUUAACGCGCGGCAUUUUGAGUACUCUGGGAAGCGUUGUUCACUGAACGACUGAAAACAAUCGGCACAGCGAUUAAAAAUACAAGAGAGACUACUAAUAAUCAAUAAAAGAAAUAUAAUUCGGUGAAACAUAUACAGAGACGACAAUUUUCAUUCAGGAAGGCAAGCAUUAAAGUGUCUCUAAAAAUCCUGAGUCUUCAAGCUUAAAGCUGAAGUUUUUGUUUUAAGCCGGCUUCCCGGUGUUUGCUUUUUUCAAAGACGAACUCGAGGCAAGAAAAUCGCUCAAAGCUUCUUUUACAGCCAGAAUUAUAGCUAAAAAUUCUUUGGAACGUGUUCUUUCUAUAUGCGGUGAGAAAAUGAAGGCUUUUUAAAGAUCUGUAAGCUUAUAUAAACCUGAUACUCGGUCAGAUCAUUGUCUCAAAUCUUACAAACGUGCGUACACAAAAUAGCCGCAUAAACUACGCUCGACGUCAUUAGAAAUAAAAAACCAAACAUCAAUACAAUAAUUACUCAGACUUACCACUCGAGAUGCAGCUCCUCAAAGGCAUUAAGUAGGGUGAAAACGAAAACGAUGCCAUCCGAAAUCGGAUUUCCAACUUUGACAAGUGACGUAUUUCUCAACCAAAAACCCAAUAAACAAACUAGCCAUGAAUAACAGAAGACUUCCGAAAGCAGCUGAAUUUCAUUUUGUACAUCCAGUGGAGUAAAAAGUAAACAAGAUUCAAGAUGCUGCCUACAUUUUCCGCAUGAACUCACCUGUCAAAUUUUGACCAAUCAGAGCAUAAAAAUUGGACGUAGAACGUGACCAACGCGUGAACAUGAUGAGAAAAGUCAAAAGCAACUGUCUUCCCUGCCUGUAGCAGCUGACUGAAUUUUCGCGUCCGAGGUCAGUUUGAAAUCAAAAUUUUAAUUGUGCGGCCCAUAAACACAACAUAUUUCAUAUGAAUUUUUUUAAAAAAUUAAAGUUGAGCCUGCGAUCAUUUGAAAACCAGUCCUUGUCAGCGGAUAAAUUCAAAAAAAUACUUGACCCUGAUGAGUCGACACCUGAGCCCGCGAUUCGCUCAAGUGAUACUGGUCAGCGGAUACCUUGUUUUGACAGCUGUCAAUUGAUCACAACAUUGAUGUCCGAUAUGUGUAUCAGUUUUCUUGUGCUCCGAUCCCAAACUAGCUAAAAAGUAUGAGAUUGAACAUUGUUCGCGAUCUACUAAAACGAUUAACUGGUCAGUGGACAGCUUCCAAAUAAAUCACGUCACCUCGAUGAGUUGACACAUGAGCCCGCGAUAUGGUCAUGGGAUACUGGCCAGUGGCUAUCCUGUUUUGACAGCUGUGAAUUGACCAUUUGUGAAUGUCAUAUAUAAAAGAUGAGGACUUGCCAAAACACGCCUGAGACACCCCUCCCUUCCUUUUGAUAGUCUCCCCUACCCUACCCAUACAAUCUGUAGACGCGUACGUACGUACGUACGCUCGGUCAGUCACAUGACAACCAAGCGAAAAGAGGUUGACCAUAUUCCAUGAGUAUGGGGCUCCCGCGCGCGCGAAGCGCGCGUGGGAGCCCCGCUAUUACUGAUGUCAAACUUCUACCUUUUCAUUUUUCGUGCGCUUGAUUGUUGCCUCUCCUCUUCCUCUUUCACAUGAUGUCUAACAUCAGUCGUGAUGGCCUUUUCUUACUCCAUCCCUAAAGUAUCUAUCAACGUAAUGAGAAAGCUAACGUGAUAAUAAUUCUGUUGUUUGUGUUUUAGUCCUGACCGUUAAGACCGUGUUCAAAGUGGUCGCAGGAACCUUUAAUGUUGCUUCCAGCUUAGCACUGUUGACACGUGACUGUACUUAUGAUCAGCUCGUGAACGCCAUAAACACCUGUGUGCUUCCUGCUGGGGCCAAUCUGAUUCAAAUUUCAGAAGGAUGCGUGUGUCUCAAAGUUCAUGUAAAGAAUAUUUCAGCUCUCGAGGAUUUGUGGCGUUUGUAUAAAGCUGGAACACUAAGAGCAAGUUUGCAAGCUUUAUUUGUUACUGACGAAAUGCGAGAACUUGCUGGUGGAGAGCAAGUGGAAGUGGAUGUGACCAUCGACGAAGAAGAAUACGACAAAGCUCGAAACGAGCUAUCAACUUUUGGAGCAAAAGGUUAUAAAAGCACUCUAAAAUUCAUACAAGCAACAUAGUUACGUAUUUCAAUUUGAUUUUACUGCUACCUUGUAGAAGUUUGGCAGUAAGUGACUAUAUAUCCAUUCAAAGGUUCUGCUAAAUAGGCCCCUCACGUCGUAAAAAAUCGAGGAUUGUGGGGAGCAUGGGACGCACUGGAACAGAAAAAGUUAUGUGCUCUGAUCAUUAAAAUGGUAAUUUCUUUUGUUUGGCUUCUCUCGGGGCGUCUCUUGCUCUACAGUAUGGCAGUUUUGUACCUCGUGAAUGGCUACCCAUUAAGGGCCUAUUUAGAAAAUUCGGGCCGUACAAAAAAUAUCAGUCCUCCGAGCUCGGCAAUUUGGCAACCCAAUAUGACGCUGAUUCACUGACAGCGUUUUGAACUCAGCGCUAGUUGACAAAAAGGACUCUACUUUGGAAAGGAACCCAUAGGUCCCUGCUAAAGGCUAAAUCGCUGUUAAGUUGUAACUUAAAUUGACCGGCUAUUUUGAAGCUCAUGCAGCCGUACAAUAUUAUUUGUUGUUGUUCUAUACCAAAACAUUUUGGCCUCUAUCAUGGAUGGUCUUAACCUUAAAAGCCACCUCAAAGCCCUACAACUUUUCAUUUACAUUCUCGCUUUCACAAUAAUUUUUAGAGCUUUAACUUAACGAUCAGUGUCAUUGACACCUGUAUUUUUGAUACCACAGUUUUGAGUCCAGAUGAACUUGAUGGUCAGGAAGAGAGACAACUUCAAUACCUAGAUCAGGAAAAACUGUCCUACAUUACGAAUUACUUAGAGCAAACCAGGGAAACAGAUGUACACAGUGUAUCUACAGAGGAGGACAGUGGAAAGCCGGGAUCAAAUAGUGCACCAUCGGAGUUUGGAUUUGAAGAAACCAGCGGUAUGACUCAGUCAAUUCCAAGAGUACCCAACCCACACCCCCUGAGCAUUAGUAUAGGCACUGGCUGCUCGUGUGCAUAUGACAGGAAAGUCAGAGAUCUUAAAUAUACUAUCGUGCGAGAGGGUUUUCAUUGCAGUUGAAAAUUGGAUGGCGAGGUGUUCUCGACCUAGCGGGCUUAUUUCGCUUCAGAACGACAGCCUUUGUAGCUAAAAACUGCCAAGCGGUUUCUGCAGAUGCUGUGUUUUGUUUUCUUAAUAUUUUUGUCGAAAAUGAGCGGACAAAUGCAGAGUAAGUUGGAUAAAUAGAAUAUUUUAAUUUCAACGCGCAUGUAGCAGAAAGUUGGUUGUAUUAAAGCGCUAACUGUGUUCGCCGUAGUUGUCCGAUUACUCAUUUUAUUCCAACACUGCUUUGGGUAAGAACAACGUUUCAGUUAAGAGGUAGUUUGUCUGCUCUCUUCCGCUAUUUGUGCGUUUACGUUCACAAAUGUGUUAAUCUAUCAUUUUAGCAUUAAAUUUGACUAACAUUUUGUGGAGCGAUUUCUACGGUCACGAUUGCUUUCAAACUUGCAGACAUAAAACUAGAGAGCUCAAGGGCUUAUUUGCUGAAGUUAGGGAAAAAUCUGUCGUGGGAUUUCGAAGUUAUUUUCAUUUUUCGUAAAAAUGAGGUUUAAAAUAUAUGCCGAUAUCUCAAAAGUUUUUGUACCUGUAAGAAAAUAAAUAACAUUUUCUUAAAGUUCCAUCAUUAUUUAUUAAGGAUGCAAAAAUUCGUAGAAAUUGGUUGAAUCUUUCGUUUUCAAAAACGCGAAUCAAAAACAUAACCAACACCGAUAUAAAUGGGAACGGGCCACCUUAAAAGGAAAUAAUUGUGAAAAAGAAAAGAGAGCACAGCCACUCAGAAAUAGCAAGAGCUAAUCGCGCUGAGUGGCUCGGCCAUGCGGAAAAGUAACCCGGAUUACGCCUUAGCCUUCAAGUUCCUGUUUUGGAAACGAAAUAUAUACACUUUAUCUGUCUCUUCAAUUUUUUCUCACAGUCCCCUGGAUUCAAACUCCUGAAAUUAAUUCAUACUAAUUUCAUUGUCCGUUCCGUUUCAAUCGAUAGCAAUUUAAUAUGCUAUUUAUUUUAAGUCAACAUUUGUUAAUUUCAGAUUUUGUUUUUGCCUUGUAUUUGCAGAUUCCACCUCUAAGCUGUGCUUGAAAGAUCUAAGUAUGGAAUUUACUGAGGAACUAACGUCCAAGCUGAAUAGGAACAAAGAUGUUCUAAACCGAUUUUACCGGUCAUUUGGAAUUGAUCCUGAUUUACUGCAAGACAAACUCGGCCGGAGGAACAUUGGAAAAAUUUUUCCCGAUACCCCAGUCAAGCUGCUGAAGGAAGUUUUUGAGGCGCUAAAACUGUAUGACUUUGCAGAAUUCUUAGAGAAGGCAACAAAACCACGGACACUUCGCCCUGCUCUUCCGCUAAAAGAAAUUGAAAAGUUAUCGGACGCCCGUAACCGCCCAACAAAGGUUUACAGUAAAGCAAAGGUUUUAAUAGUCGAUGUCUGUGAAGCCUGUGAAACCUCCACAGACAGUGAUGUAGAAACAGCUGGAUCAUUUUUUAAAGCCCAGAAUUCGCGGAACGAGGUAACCACAUUAAAGACUGAUUCUUUUAUGGAAUUGUUAGCAGAUCUUAAUGACCUAACGAGAGGCAUGAGAAAAGAAGAGAGGGAUGACAGCAGGACACAGACAAGGGAAACAAACUUGAAAUACCUUCUGAUAAACAAGAUCCCAGACAGUUGGAUCAAAUUGAAAGCAAGAGAAGGGUUAGGAAAAUUAAAUAUUAUGGAAGAGGUUUACUUGGAACGAGAAGAUGAAAUAUGCAUGGAUCUGAUGACACGUUUUAACACCCUGAAGGACGAGCAACUAUUAACAUUGUUUUCCAAAGAGGAGCCUGCGAUGAGAAAUGAACUAAAACAGCUGACGGAAAAAAGAGAACAAUGGAAAACCGAAAGGAAGCCAUUAAUCGAGAAGCAGAUAAAGGAGAAGGCGGAGGAACUGAAAAAAGAGACUGAGAAAUUUGAAAUGGCUGUUUCAAGCGUCAUCGAUAAAUGGAUGGAACUACACCCAAAUGAUAAAGGUCCGGUAUCAUACCCCUUGUAACAACCGUCCAGCAAUGAUCCAAACUAUUUUAAGUCCUGUUUAAGCAUGCAUCCACUCACUGUUCGAUAUAAGUUAUAAGACUGUUCGAUGUAAGUUAUAACAGUUACUAUAGAGAGAUCAAGAUUCACGUUUACGCCAAACGGCAGACGGGAAUUUGUACCACGUGACCCCCUUAUUUUCUGUUUACUCUUUAUUACUUCUACUAAAAAAUAAGUAGUUUUAUGCCAGUUUUAACCAUAGGAAUCGUUCAAGACUGUUUUAAUCUGCUUAUUUUCUAUUCUGAGAAAUUCUCAACUUAAAUCUCUCUAAUAAGUCAAAGCUGAACCUUCAGCACCCUGGUACACUCAUGUGCACCCUGCGAAACUGUGAUCCUUAUAAUUAACUCAAGUAAAAAGUCAAUUAUAGCUCCUCUUAAUCUUUUUCCUCUUUCAAAAAGCUUAAAAUUGGCAUGAAAUAAUAUCCAAAACUCAUUAGAAUUCUAAGCGCGGCCUAACUUUAUUUUUGUCCGUUAUAAAAUGUGAAUGAUAAGAGACUUUUUAACAAAAAAAUCUCUGGUUUGGUUUUUGUAGGAAAGGCGUCGACCCUUUAUAUCGUCCUCAUUCAGAAUAGCCUGAGAUUGGAGCGAAAGAGUGGUGCAGUUCUAGAACAGAUGAUUAUCAGCAUAAAAAGAUGCUUGAGUGAAAAACUGGCACUUAUUCCAGAAACAAAGGUAGUGAUAACAAAUAAUGUGCCACGUAUGGCGGAAGAAGGAAACAUUUCAAGCGAAACUCUUGAAGUAAAUUUGUCUGGAGAAGGAGUGUUAACCACAUUGCUACAGCUUCUGGGCAAGCGCUUAGAUACACUGGAUCUCAUUUCAGUGAUGCAGGAAUUGCAGAGGACGCUCUCUCCAACAGUCUCUCGUUCCUACCCUAUCAGGUACCGUAAAGUUGCUCAUACGCCGGUUCAAAUACGUGACAAUUUGUCGAGCGUUCCGAGACUUCAGAAGAUGGAAUAA